CAAGGUGACGACAACGCCAUGUCGACGUUCGCCCCUAUACCUGGUCCUCGCCGCAACCCCCGUUACGUCCCUAGUUGACCGUGAUUCGCGACGAGAAAACCGUAUUCGGGGGAUUUUCGUGUUUUGCUGGUCGGGUUGCCGUCAGGUUGCCGUUGUUAUCCGUUGCCGCCGGACUGUCACUGUCGCUAGGCGAAUUUGGGCUAUGAAUGAAGACCCAACCCUUUCAUAUCGAGGUAAUUAGAGAGAGAGAAGAGAAGAGAUCGGAGAGUGUUUGUAUCGACGGGCGGAAUGGUCAUCGUCUGUUCGUCACGUCGAGAGCGAGACUGCGUCAUUACGAAUCAAUUUUUCUACCGUUCGAGAUCGUGAAGGACGUAGGGGAGAUCGGUUUUUUUUUUUUAUCAGGGGAAACGUCGUCGCACGGGAACGGAGGAAGUAAUGGCUAAAACGAUCAGAGUCUUGAUAGUGUUACUGUUAUCGGUAAUCCCGUGGCCAGGGCCCAGCGUGUUUAAAAUAUCAUGCCCACGCGAUCGAGCGUCCGUGGUGAGGAGGAUAGUGCAGAAGAGAUGGAUGCCAAUUCUGAAGAAACAUCAAGUGGAAUUGCCGCUGGAGUGUCCGUUCCACGAAAGUCGGGACAUUUUUCGACCCCAGCAAAAGGCGAAACAUCAGCACAGACCAUCGCAAUGGACCUGCGGCCUGUGCGGCAAAUCCUUCUACGCGGAGAAACACUUGGAUGCCCACUUCGAUAACAGACACAAGAGUAACGUUAACACGGCGGAGGAUGCGGUGUGCCUCGCGGAUUAUUGCGACAUCAUGAGAUGCGACGUGCUGGGGAACAGGGACUUCGAAAGUUCUUUGGUGGACGACGAGGGUGGCCACCACAGCACCGACAUACAAGUGUGGAAAGAGAACACGGAGCAACGUACCACUUCGGUCAUGUCCUGCGAGUCGCGGGCCGGUUUAUCGAGGACGUAUCCGGUGGAGAAGGGUUGCACGAUAUCCGGAGGCGGUGCUGUGACCAACAUUCAGCAAUAUUGCCAUCGAGAAGACAGCGGCGCUCUGGAGAACCAUCGUCUGCCGGGUACGGCGUAUCACGUGGAGAUCGCUGGCCCCGACAACAAGAGCAACGCUUGCGACAAUGAAGAGGACGAGGACGAGGAGGACGACGAGGACGACGAGGAGAAUCUCGUCGAAGCGGCUUUGCCAGCCGUGGACAAGAAGCAGAGGCGCAAGGGGUUGCAUCUGAGGAAGCUGAAGGCCAAUUGCAAGCCGGAGGAGCUGCAAAAGCUGAAAUUGCAGUGCGAAGUAUUGAUUCGCGAUUGCAUCGCCGGUCUUUUGACAAAUCUUUCGGUACGAGAUUUCCAAGAGAUCGAAGGAGAGUUGAACCGAGCGAUAUGCUGGUAUCUUAGCUGCGACAGAUACUGGGAAGACACGAAGAGGCAACAGAGGCAUACACCUUGGUACCUGUUAACCAUUUUUAUGGUCGUUCUAUUCUCGUCGAUUUACGCGUGCUACUAUAUUAUUUGGGUAUUAUUCAAUUCAGCGGAAGAAGAUAGGCUAGAUGGAGGCGGAAGUUUAGAUUACACGGAUGGAGAUAUCACGGGUACAUCGCACGAGCAGAGUAGUUCUGGCGAGAGUAGAUCCGGCGGGAGAAGGAAGGGUGAGCCAGGGGAUGAGAAUAUGCCCACAUCGAACGAAGAGAUGCCCGACCAUUAUAUAUACGUAACCUAUCCACCCGAGCUAAAGCAGCGAUUACUGGACAGCUGCUACAACAGAACCACUCGACUCUAGAAGAUCGAAGAGAUAGGAGAAGGUUGGACAGAGAAUCGAUCGGGAAACGUAAGAAUAAUCGCAAGAUCCCACGAGUCAGUUUCAUGGCUAACCAUCAUACUUCCUUCCUUAUUUUUCCUCCUCUCCUUUAAUCUUCGUGUUUUGUAUACCAACUAUGGGAAUAAAUUGAAAAAUGUACACGAGUAAA